AUGUGUUCUCGCAAAGAAGAAGAAGCCACAGGGCAGCCCAAUAAUAGCGUGUUCGUGCAGGGGCCCAUAAUAGUUGGGGCCGGCCCAUCGGGCCUGGCGGUGGCGGCCUGCCUUCAACAGAGCGGCGUGUCGGGCUCCCUGAUCCUUGAGCGGGCCGACUGCAUAGCCUCCCUUUGGCAGAACAAAACCUACGACCGGCUAAAGCUCCACCUCCCCAAGAACUUCUGCCAGCUCCCUUUCCUCAAUUUCCCCAAAAACUUCCCAAAAUACCCCUCGAAGCACCAGUUCGUCUCCUACAUGGAGGCCUACGCCCGCAAAUUCUCCAUCGAGCCCAUUUUCAACCAGCCCGUCCUUCGGGCCGAAUUCGACGGCCCGACGGGCCUAUGGUCCGUCCUCACCCCCUCCGCCCGCUACCUCUCGCGCUGGCUGAUCGUGGCCACGGGGGAAAACGCCGAGCCCGUGGUGCCCGAGAUUCAGGGAUUGGAAAGUUUCCGCGGGCCCGUUACCCACACGAGCGGGUACAAGUCGGGCCGGGCUUUCCAGAGCCAGCGGGUCCUCGUGGUCGGGUGCGGUAAUUCGGGCAUGGAAGUCAGUUUGGACCUCUGCAGGCACAACGCAAGCCCACACAUGGUUGUCAGAAAUUCCGUACAUAUUUUGCCAAGGGAGAUGUUUGGGGCGUCUACAUUCUCCUUAGCCAUGCUGCUUCUCAAGUGGUUGCCACUAGGAUUAGUGGACAAAUUUCUUCUAAUGGUGGCCGGGGUCAAAUUGGGCAACACUGAAAGAUUGGGCCUCCGACGGCCCAAAACGGGCCCAAUUGAGCUCAAGAACGCUACUGGGAAGUCACCAGUGCUUGACGUGGUGGAGGGAGUGAAGGAGAUUACAAAAAAUGGGGCCAAAUUCGUAAACGGUCAAGAAUUAGAAUUUGACUCUAUAAUACUAGCGACGGGGUACAAGAGCAAUGUGCCGAGUUGGCUUAAGGGUACCGACUUCUUCACAAAAGACGGAAUGCCAAAAACGCCCUUCCCUAAUGGAUGGAAAGGAGAAAACGGAUUGUAUGCGGUUGGGUUCACGAGAAGAGGUCUACUCGGAACUUCAUCUGAUGCCGUUAAAAUUGCCAGAGAUAUUUCCGAUCAAUGGAGGACAAUCAACAAAAUAUUCCCAGCUAUAGACGAAAAGCUAAUCAACUGA